AUGCCAGCAAGCCUCAAUCAAAGUUCCAGUGAAAUCAAGCCCUUUGCUCACAACACCCACCUCAACUUACCUGCAACCAAGCUGAGCAUUGGGUUAAUGCAUGUACGGCACAAAUUGAAGUCAUUUACUGGUUUUGUCGACGUUAGAAAUUUUCCUGUUUGUCGUAAUUUGUGUUCGAAUACAAACCCAUUAUAUGUUUGCAACUCAAGAAUCACAAGAUGUUCCAAACUGGGGGAUAUAGAAACUGCACGCCGUGUGUUCGAUGAAACUCCCCAGAAGAAUGUGGUGACUUGGAAUUGUAUGAUAUCUGGGUACGUUAGGAAUGGGAUGAUUCGUGAGGCACGCAAGGUAUUUGAUGCUGUGCCCGGUAGAAAUAUUGUUUCUUGGACUGCUAUGUUAAGUGGGUACGCAAAAUGUGGAAUGUUGGAAGAGGCGCGAGUUUUGUUUGAGAAGAUAGAUAGCAAGAAUGUUGUUUGUUGGAAUUCAAUGAUAUCUGGGUAUGUAAGAAAUGGAGAAAUUAGAGAGGCUAGAAAAUUGUUUGAGGCAAUGCCUGUUAAGAAUUCUGUGUCAUGGGUGACUAUAAUUGAAGGGUAUUUUAGAUAUGGCCUUGUAAGUGAAGCCAAGAAGUUGUUUGAUCGUGCUUCAAAAAAAAGUGUCUUGGUUUAUAAUGCUAUGUUGGCCGGUUAUGCUGAAAUGGGAUAUGUUGAGGAUUCUUACGAGUUAUUUGUUAUAAUGCCUCAACGUGAUGUGGCUUCUUGGACUAGUAUGAUAAAGUGUUUUUCAAAUGGAGGGCAGGUGGAGAGAGCUAGGAGCUUGUUUCAGGAGAUGCCGGAAAAGGAUGUGGUGGCUUGGACAACAAUGAUGCGGGCUUAUUUGCAGAAUGGUCGUAUUGCAGAUGCUAGGGAAUUAUUUAAUGAGAUGCCUCAUAAAGACAUUGUUGCAUGGAACUCAAUGAUUGAUGGUUGUAUUCAGAAUGGAAGGGUUGAAGAUGCUCUUGAAUUGUUCAUGCAGAUGCCAAGGAGGGAUACAGUGUCAUGGAAUUCAGUAUUGCAGGGAUAUGUGCAACAAGAUGAUAUGAUUAAUGCUUGCAAAUUUUUUGAAGCAAUGCCCCAAAAAGAUGAAACCUCAUGGAACAUAAUGAUUGUUGGAUAUCAAAGCGAGAAAGCUUUAGUUUUAUAUGUCCACAUGUGGCAAAGUGGAUUUAAGCCUGAUCAAGGGACCUUUACUAGUGUAAUCUCGGUAUGUGGUGUGCUUUCUGUACAUGGUUGGGGAAGAGCAGUGCAUCUCCAUGUCAUUAAGAUUGGUUAUGAAAAUGAUACAAUGGUAAUGAGUUCAUUAGUAUCUAUGUAUUCUAGAUGUGGCUUCUUGAAAUAUGCUGCUGCUGCAUUUGAAAGGAUAACUGAUCGUGAUAUAGUUGCUUGGAAUGCCAUGAUUGUGGCACAGGCAUACCAUGGUUCUGCUGUAGACACCCUCAAUCUCUUCUCUUCUAUGAUUCGAGGUGGAUUAGAACCUGACCAUGUAACUUUUCUGGGACUCUUGACUGCCUGUGCUCAUUCAGGACUAGUCGAUGAGAGCUGGAAACACUUCAACUCUAUGAAGAUGAACUGGAAUUUGACACCAAAACCAGAGCAUUAUGCCUGCAUAGUUGAUCUACUUGGUAGAUCAGGAUUGCUGGCUGAAGCCUUUGAGUUAGUUAAACAAUUACCAGUGGAUCUCCCAGCACAUGCUUGGGAAUCAUUACUUAGUUCUUGUAGAGUCCAUGAAAAUUUUGAGCUAGGUGAAUUUGUAGCACUAAAACUUCUAAGUGUUCAACCUUGUAAUGUUGGGAUGUAUGUACUCCUAUCAAAUAUAUAUGCUUCGAGAGGUUUGUGGAAGGAAGCAGCACAUAUUAGAGCAGUAUUGAAGCAACUUCAAUUGAAGAAAGAGUUGGCAUGUAGUUGGAUUGAGAUGAAUGGUCAGAUCUGUCAGUUUUUUUGCAGUGACAAGUCUCAUCCCCGAACAGAGGACAUAUACAAAGAAUUAGUUAGCCUCAAUGUAAUCAUGGAUGAAAUAGGCUCAAUGAUGCAUUAA